AUGGACAGGAAAGCUGAGAAACGGUGGAGGGAAAAGGUGUCGGUGGGGACAGUGAGGAUCGCGAAGUCAGCGUGGGUGUGGGGCGACGGGCGGUCUUGCGGCCAGAGGACGGUCUAUGGCAAGGAGAGUCUCCGAGAUCACGGGCAGAGUCGAGGCGAAGACAGAUACUGGGACAAGGAAAGAGUUAUUUUCGAGCGGGAGCACGGCGAACAGAGAGACAAACGGGAGGACCGGGGCGAGGAGCGACCGCCCGGCGAAGACCGAUCCCGGGGCGAGGGAAGGUCACCCGGAGAAGAGCGAUCCCGGGGCGAGGGGAGAUCUCGAGGAGUAGAGAGGCCCCGCGAGCAGGAAAGGUUCCCUGCGGAGAAGGCGCAGGCCCAGGAGAGGGCUGGCGCGGAGGGGCAGGCGGGCGCUGAGGAGAAACCAGCGGAGCGGGAGAAGGGUCGGGGAUCGGAGCAGAAGCAGGAGGGCCAGGUUGCCCAGGACCCAGGGAGGGGAAGAAGCCAGGACCUAGGGCGUGGCCAGGAGAGAAAGAAGAGCGAGGUGCGGACCUCCUGCCAGACCCAGUGCCCGAGCCACAGCAAGGGGUGUGGCCAGGAGAGAAAGUCCGUAGAAGGGUCGACCUCCUGCCAGACCCGGUGCCCGAGCCACAGCAAGGGGUGUGGCCAGGAGAGAAAGUCCGUAGAAGGGUCGACCCGGUCCGGCCAGACCCGGCGCCCGAGCCGCAGCAAGGGGCGCAGCCAGGAGAGAAAGUCCGUAGAAGGGUCGACCCGGUCCGGCCAGACCCGGCGCCCGAGCCGCAGCAAGGGGCGCAGCCAGGAGAGAAAGUCCCGCGAAAAGUCCAUCUCCGGCCGGGCUCGGCGCCGGAGUCAGGGCAGGGGGCGCAGCCAGGAGAGAAAGUCCAGCGUAAAGCCGACCUCCGGCCAGACUCGGCGCCCGAGCCGCAGCAAGGGGCGCAGCCAGGAGGGAAAGACCCGCGAAAAGCCGACGUCCGGCCAGACUCGGCGCCGGAGUCAGGGCAGGGGGCGCAGCGUGGACGGAGGCGUGGGCAAGGACUCACAGCCCGACAAGACCAGGACUAGAAGCCGGCUCUUGAGCAGGGCAGGAGAGAGGAGGAAGGGGCGUGGCGAAGAGCGGUGUGAGGGCGGGGCAGCCUGCGAGGGCGGAGCCAAGCCCAGGAACAAGUCGGUGAUCGCCGAGGGGCGUAAGGGUGGGGAAAAGAAGGGCAAGGCAAGAAACAAAAAGAGAGACUUGGCGAAGAGUAGAGUCGGAGUUCUAACAGCUGGCAUAGAGAAGAGCAAGGGUAGGGCAAGGAGAGAGAGAGCGCCCGGCAAGCGGGGUGAAAAGAGCCGCGAGGCUAGAAGUAAGAGCAGGGGCGGGGCCGAGAGCAAGAGCAGGGGCGUGGCGAGGAGUAUUAGUAGGGGAGGGGCUGAGAGUAAGAGAACCGGCAGGACCAGGAGUAUUAGCAGGGCCGAGGCGGAGAGUAAGAGUAAGGGCGUGGCCAGGAGUAAGACCAGGGCUAGGGUUGAGAGUAAGGGCAGAAGUAGAGGCAGGAACAGGGCGGGAGCUCGAAGCCUGAUCCAAAGUGGAGUCAGGAAGAGGGGCGGGAAGAAAGGCAAGAACUGA